UUAGGUCAAGAGAGGAAGUUGAUUGUAGUGGUCUUCGCUGACGCUGAGUGAUAUUUACUGUGUGUAGGUGUCAUCUGCAAGUAGUUUUUAAAGCGAGCGAAGGGUGACUCGGAAAGGAGAAGACUGUUUGGAGGCGUCUUCGUAGCAAGUUUCUAGAGGUGUUGUCGUAUUAAUACAAGACUGUAAGGCCUUGGGUGGACAAACCUGUCUGGCACCAGGAAUACUUGAAGAGAGCUUGUCACUAAUUUUUGUAAAUCUUUUGGUUUCAUUGCUGAGCACAACUAAACAUCAUUAGUCCCACAACUGCACCUUUAUCUGCUAAAUGGCUUUCUCACAACCUCAUUCUGACAUUGAGAUGGACCUGUCUUUAGAAAUGUCUAAUGUUAAAGACCGUAUGGAUUCCUUUCAUAAUAGUAGCCUUCCGCACCCUGAUAAUCUGGCAAGGGCUGGAUUUUACUUUUUAGGUGGAGACCAAGUGAAAUGCUUCAGCUGCAACAUUACUUUGAACGGAUGGGAAUGUGUUAAUGACCCGUUAGAGAAACAUUUGCAGGCAUCUCCUGAAUGCAUAUACCUUCAUUGUACUUGGAGGUUGUGUCCUCAACUUACUGCGUGCACUAAUGUACAGAGGCCAGUUGCAGACUCUGCCUUUUCUCCACCUAACAGAGAUGUCAAUUGUGAAAACACAGAAGAAAUGGAUUACCUCAUUCGAACUGGCGGUGUGGUUGACAACACUCCUCCUUACCCAAGAAAUCCCAAUAUGAGUAGCGAGGAGGCAAGGCUGCUUUCAUUUCAUGGUUGGCCAGAAUCUGCUCCAGUUCGUCCAGAACAUUUGGCCCAAGCUGGACUAUAUUAUACCACCAUUGGAGACAGGGUGGUGUGUUUCUGCUGUGGUGGGAGCCUGCAGGGCUGGGAGCCAGGUGAUGAUGCAUGGUCAGAGCAUGAGAGACACUACCCCAAUUGCUUUUUUAUCCUGGGACAUGAAGUUGGAAAUGUACCCAAUGUCCAGUCUUCCAUAAGGAUCACGGCACCUUUUAUGUCAUGUUACGAAGAUCGUCUCGGAAGCUUUUCAAGACUCCAGCACAUUGUUGAACCAAAGAAGCUUGCGGAAGCUGGUUUUUAUAGCAAGGGUACACAGGACGAGGUGUAUUGCUUUGAGUGUAACGGUGGUCUAAAGGACUGGAAUCCAAAUGAAGACCCCUGGAAAGAACAUGCCAAGCACUACCCAGGAUGUAGUUAUUUGAUUAAAAUGAAAGGACAGGCAUAUGUGAACAACAUCCAGUUUGAGAAGCACUACAGGACCACUGCUUUGGAGAACGGUUGUGAUGAACAGACAGAAGAAAAGGGUGAAAAAGGUGCCAGUACUUUGGAAAGGCUUAGGAAGCUCCAGGAUGAGAAGCUCUGCAAAGUAUGCUUCGCUAAAGAUAGUAUAGUCGUUUUUAUCCCCUGUGGUCACUUGGUCACCUGUCAAGAAUGCUCAGCACGGGUUAGAAGUUGUCCAAUUUGUCGUUCGCCAAUCGAGUCCAAGAUUAAAACCUACAUUUCCUAAACGUAUUAGUAAACGUUUUUAGACGGCCUCCUGUACAUUCUAAAGAUGUUACAUGCUGACAUGUGUUUUGAUUUAAUACUACUUAUUGUAAGUAUACUUUGUGAAAAAUACUAGGGCUUUCUACAAGCUGCUUUAACCAAAUACUAUAAUAUAUAUAUAUAUAGAGAGAGAUAUUUUUCCUUAAUAUUUAAAUGAUUUUUUUAUUUCAAAUUAUAAACAGUUAUCGUGAAAGUUCUAUUUUAUCCUACUGAGUUGUUUUAUAUUUCUAUUAAGUGUAAAAUUUGUUCUCGUUCUAUCUACAGUACAUAUAAACCGUAAUCAGUUGUACGGGAAGGUUUAUUUUUUUCCCCAAUUAAAAAAUUGCAUAUUGUAGUAUGUGUGUGUCCCAUCUGUGCUAAUAAAAGUGUGCACAUGUCAUAUCCUAAACAUUCAUUCAUUACUCAAGCUACUUAUUAGAAAUACAAGCUUUUCUCUAGGAAGGUUAAGUCAAUGACUUCUUCCUUCAUAAUGAAGAAACACGGACGGUAUGUUCUUUGCUGUAUAAACUAACCUUCAGUUCUCGUUGGUUGUAACACUAAUUUUAUUAGGAGAGAAUUUCAUGUCCGUUUUGUACUUUGUCACAAGAGAUUCAGAACACAUACAUGUCUGUGUUUUCUUUUAUGGUGGAUCUCUGUUCAGUGUGAUGUGACAGUGCGCUUCAGGAUCUAGCAGGGUCUGGUGUAGUCAUGUCAGAAACAGGAACGUUUUAAAUUGUUUGAUACAAGUACAUCUUUCCAUCCAUUUUCUUAGACGUUAAUGUGCCAGCCUUGAAAGACCAAUUCAUUUUAAACUUUCUUUUGACACUGCUCCUGGCUUCUUGCAAUGAUGCUGCUUCAUUUGAUUGUAUAGUUAGGAUAUGUCAAGUUCUGCCACAUGGGCAGAUAUAACGUAAAAGUGAAGCCAGCAAUUUCUAAUAUUUAUCUGGGGGAAGUUUUUUUUUAUUAUUAUUUAUAUUUUAUGACUUUUAUGCAAAGUGCUUUUUGCAGAUCUCCAUGAAAAGUCAAAUUGCUUAUAUGAUAGUAAGUAAGAUUUAUUGUAAGUCUCGCUUUUACUGUCAAGGUGUUAUAAUUUAGUGUCUCUGUAGUAAUGCUUACUCUGUUAUAAAAUACUGACAAUAUGUGAUUUGAUUAGAAUAAUAAUUUUUAUGUCAAAUAGCAAUGAUUCUAUAUUUGUACUUUAUUUUCCUGACUUUUGUGACAGUUGCAUAUUCAGCAAUAAUUAAAACCUGUUUUAAGUCCA